AUGCAGGAUGAAGAUUUGGGCUACACAGACAACGUCCAACAUGAGAUACCUGUAUUGGAUGAGGUCCCCAUUAACCAGCCUUACAGAAGGAUCCCACCAAAUCAGUAUAAAGAGACCUGCGUGUAUAAAGCCGUUGGUCAACGUUUUGGCAGGGGAGAAAGACCACUGUUAUAUUCUCAGUUGUUCUGGAUUUGGUUUGAGCUGUGUUCCUACCAGACUGAAAAGGCAGUCGGAAAUUAA